UUCAUGAUUUUUAGCCGACGUCAUUUGAUGGGACUUAAGGCUUGGUUGGGUUUGGUUUGGGUUUACUGUUUCAUGAUUUUGUAAUUUUUUUACUGUACCACUGUACAGUUAUUUCACCUUAGAAAUUCUGUAAAGCAUUGUUACUUCGUCUGCAAGCAUAGAUGGUCCCCGGAAAGUUUUCUGUUCUGCUCUGAACCUUCAAAUGGAGCUUCUAGGGUUGUUGCCAAAUAUUAAGCAAAGAAAGAUAGCUUUGUCUCAACUACCUGUGAUUAGCACUUUUAGAUAAUGUGAUUAUGGGAAGUUCAGAUUUGUUUAUUAAGGCUAGCCCAACAACAUUGUGUUAACAUCUUAACUGUCUUGCAUGAUUGGAAAGCAGGCAAUAGAGUGAGUGAAAUGGUGCUAAUUAUUUGAAUAAUGGGUUAUUAAGUUUUUGGAUUAAUGGAGGUGGGUUUGUGAAAAAAAAGAGGGAGGGUGAGAAAUGGGGGCAAUUGGUGGGGAAGAGUUGACCAAGUGGGAGGAGAUGCAAGGAGUGGCGAGUGAUGGCAGUGAGGAGAAGAUUCUUGUAUUGGUUAGAUUGAGGCCUUUGAGUGAGAAGGAGAUUGCGAGGAAUGAAGUCUCAGAUUGGGAAUGCAUCAACGAGACUACCAUUUUGUUCCGGAACAGCCUUCAAGAGCGGUCCAUGUUUCCAACUGCUCAUACAUUUGAUGGCGUAUUUAGUGGUGACUGCUCAACUAGGCAGGUUUAUGAGCAAGGAACGAAGGAAAUUGCUCUUUCAGUGGUCAGUGGUAUUAACUCAAGUAUUUUUGCAUAUGGGCAAACAAGCAGUGGAAAGACAUAUACCAUGAUUGGAAUAACAGAGUACACAGUAGCAGACAUUUAUGACUAUAUACAUAGGCAUGAAGAUAGAGCAUUUGUUUUGAAGUUUUCUGCUAUGGAGAUCUACAAUGAAGCUGUAAGAGAUCUCCUUAGCACGGAUAGUCUUCCACUCAGGGUCCUAGAUGAUCCAGAGAAAGGGACUGUUGUGGAGAAACUUACAGAGGAAACUCUAAGGGAUUGGAGCCAUCUCAAGGGUCUUCUAUCAAUUUGUGAAGCUCAAAGAAAGAUAGGGGAGACUACCUUGAAUGAGACAAGCUCUAGAUCUCAUCAAAUUCUUAGAUUGACAAUUGAAAGUUCUUCCCGUGAGUGUUUAGGCAAGGACAAUUCGACAACACUUGCAGCUAGUGUGAAUUUUGUCGAUCUGGCAGGAAGUGAGCGUGCAUCUCAGGCAUUAUCAGUUGGGGCUAGGCUGAAAGAAGGCUGCCACAUCAACCGUAGUUUACUGACUCUAGGAACUGUUAUUCGCAAGCUAAGCAAUGGAAGACAUGGGCACGUCAAUUACAGAGACUCUAAGCUAACACGCAUACUGCAAUCCUGUUUGGGAGGCAAUGCUAGAACUGCCAUCAUUUGCACUUUGAGCCCUGCACGAAGCCAUGUUGAGCAAUCUAGAAAUACUCUCUUGUUUGCCACUUGUGCAAAAGAAGUGACUACAAAUGCAAAGGUUAACGUAGUCAUGUCUGAUAAGGCCUUGGUGAAGCAAUUGCAAAGAGAGGUGGCUCGAUUGGAGAGUGAGUUAAGAACUCCUGCCCCUUCUUCCACUUGUGAUCAUGCGGCAUUACUGAGAAAGAAAGAUCUCCAGAUUGAAAAGUUGGAGAAAGAGGUGAGGGAGCUAACUAAGCAACGAGAUCUUGCUGAAUCUCGGUAUGAGGAUUUGCUGCUCAUGGUUGGAAAUGAUCAAGCUUCAGGGAAUGAUGAAGAUGAUUCUGUGUCCAUGGGUGCUUCUUCGCUGCUGUCAGAUAGAGGUAAGUUUGUAAGAUCCAGUGCGUGUCAAGGCCGUGAGGUAUUUGCACUGGGAAGUGGAGAAGAUCCUGAUGACAUCUGCAAGGAAGUUCGAUGUAUUGAGAUGGAUGAAUCCAACAAGGACAAGAUCUCUGAAACCCUUGCCUUAUCAACUGAUGAUGCUGAAGGAAUGUUGGCAUUGACGCCCGUGCCCAUAUGUAGCAAUGUGGAAGAUGAGGAAACGGAAUCCACCCCACCUAGAGAAGUAAGCCACAUUCAAAAUAAUUUGACUUAUGGGACAUUGGAGCAGAGAAUCCGCAAUGUACAAAAGACCAUUGAUUCUCGAGUCAGCCCAUACCCUGAUGACCCGUCUCCUUGGUCUCAGGCUGCAGGUAUUUCAAGUUCUAGAAGUCGGAAGUUAAGUAGGAGCUGGAGUUGUAGAGCUAAUCUCAUGGCUGGCUCGUCAUCACCAUACUUCAACAUGGCACGAGAAAGUCAUAAUACACCACCCAAUGGUUUUGAGACAAGCUUUCCUGGAAGACCAGGAGGAUUCCAAAGGAUGCUUCCUCAAUUAAAUUAUGAUGCUCCAAGGUUGUCGAGAAAUGAUUCUCAGUCUUCGAUUGGAAGUGCUUUUAUAGAUGAGCUAAAAGCUCAGAAGAACAUGAAUUCCACAGAUGAGGAAAUUCCUAGCAUUGAUAAUUUUGUCGCAGGACUGAAAGAAAUGGCCAAGGUUGAAUAUGAAAAGCAACUUGCUGAUUGUCAGGUUCAGGGGAUGGAACCGAAGGCUGAAAAGUCUGGAAAGAAUGUCAAGGAUGUUGGAUUAGAUCCGAUGCAGGACACACCAGAAAGUCCUGCAAGUUGGCCUCUUGAAUUUGAGAGGCGGCAAAAAGAAAUUCUUCAACUUUGGCAAUCUUGCAAUAUUUCAUUGGUCCAUAGAACAUACUUUUUUCUGCUGUUCAAAGGUGACCCAACAGAUUCUAUUUACAUGGAGGUGGAGCUUAGGAGACUUUCUUUCCUCAAGGAAGCAUUGUCUCGGGGUAAUCAUGUAGGGGAAGAUGGUCAGACUCUCACAUUGGCAUCAAGCUUGAAGGCCCUUCGCCGCGAGAGAGAGAUGUUAAGGAGGCUCAUGUACAAGAGGUACUCAGCAGGGGAGAGAAAUAGACUAUACCAGAAGUGGGGCAUCAGUUUGGGGUCAAAGCGGAGGAGGCUACAACUGGUCAACUGCUUGUGGAGCAACGCAAGUGAUAUAAACCAUACUACGGAGAGUGCUAUGAUUGUUGGAAAGCUGAUCAUGUUCUCUGAGCAAGGAGAGGCUCUCAAGGAGAUGUUUGGGCUUAGCUUCACACGUCCAUGCACAAGCAGAAGAUCCUUUGGCUGGAAAAACAGCAUGGUUUCUCUUUUGUAAGUUUGUUUUAUGAUCAGAUGCAUAUAAGAUUAGAGGCUACUAACUAGUUUGUAUUGACUAUUUGAUAUUCAUUUGUGAUUGAAAUUGACAAAGAUUGUCCACAAUGGUGAUGGAUUUGUGAACAUUUUGUAAGUUUCCUCAGGUUAGAAAUGAGCUUGUUCUCUGAAAAUUUGUUGGUUU